AUGGUGCAUACCGAUCUAACUCAGGAGCGGUUUUAUAAUGAUGCUUAUGCUGUUUUGUCAAACUGGGAGGGCAUUCUUCUACGAAUCGAGUACCUUCUACUGUAUAAGAAAUUUUUUCCGAGCUUCGCUUUCUUUCUAAUUGUUCAGGUUACAUUCUGAAAUGAAGAUGAAAAGUUCGAGAAUUCCAAACCUUCAUCUGGAAACUUUGACGUAGAUUAUGAUGAUUUAGAUACCUCCGAGUCCCAGUUCAUCCAGAGUUUCAUUCCACAUCGCCUACAACAGUCGACUGAAAAGAACAAGCGUGCCCUAGAUUCGAUGACCCGCGAAAUUUUGCAAACCUGUAAAACUCAGGAGGAUAUUGACGAGUGGUUCUUGGAAGUCACUCAGGACCCUAAGCAAAUUGACGAACCCAACCGAACCGGAAGGACACGCAGGACAACUCUCGAAACUGACAUCGGAUCUCCAAGUAUAAGUAAUGGUGGCACCGGUGAUCCUACUUUUAAUAGUGAUUUUGAUUCAGCUGCGUGGGAGGAGUUUUCAACUGAUGAGGAGCUGGAACCGAGUGAAUUUGCCGACGACAGCUACGUGAAAACGGAGCGAUGA